UCAGUCACCAUGCCAAACAACUAUGACCGCUUUGAUCGCAUGUGGGGCCCCAGUCUAGCUGCUCACGCAUAUAAUGUCCAGGAGAGGACUCCUCUUAGACUUACCAAUAUCUUAUCGCUCACUGCACGAUCUCUUACUUUUCCUCAGCUAUCCGCAUGCUCAUAUUCACCCAUGUUACUUGGCUGGACCUAUGUCUUGCUAGUGCCGGCGUGUAUCUGGUCAUGCAAGCAUUCAGCAAGAAGAAUCCUGCACCAUAUCCCCCUGGACCUUCGAGGUGGCCUCUCAUUGGGAACAUCGCAGACAUUCCUCACAACAAGGCCUGGCUCACCUUCGCGAGGUGGGGCAAAAAAUAUGGUGACAUCUUGCAUGUCGAAGUUCUGGGUCGGCACAUCAUUGUACUGAAUUCUGUCAAGGCAGCGAUUGAAUUGCUAGACACAAAAAGCUCUAUCUACUCUGACCGUCCAGUUCUUACAAUGGGUGGUGAACUUGUUGGCUGGAAGUACGCUCUGGGUUUUCUCUCUUAUGGUGACCGUUUUCGUUAUUACCGCAAAACCAUCCACCGCAUCAUGGGGAGUCGCGCAGCUAUGAGUGUCUAUGAACCGAUCGAGGAAAUAGAGACCCGCCGAUUCCUGAAGCGCGUGUUUGCAAAACCUGAGCAACUGCAAACACAUAUUCGACACACCGCUGGCGCUAUCAUUCUGCGAAUCUCUUAUGGAUAUGAAGUACAGGAUGACAAUGAUCCUUUCGUCGACCUUGCAGACCGCGCAAUGCGUCAAUUAUCGCAGUCCAACGAUACUGGUGCCUUCAUGGUUAACAUCAUGCCAUGGUUGGCCAAUGUUCCCGAGUGGUUUCCUGGUGCUGGAUUCAAGCGCCUGGCCCGCGAAUGGCGCCAGACCCUCAAAGAGACUGUCGAUGCACCAUACACAUUCGCCAAGGAUCAGAUAGCUGCCGGGAUUGCCCCACUGUCUUUCACCUCAAAUCUGUUGAAAGGUCAUACUUUGUCUGCGGAGGAGGAUCACAUGGUGAAAUGGUCUGCUCUAUCUCUAUACACUGGUGGUGCCGACACGACAGUUUCUACAAUCUAUUCGAUUUUUCUGGCGAUGACACUGUUCCCUGAUGUGCAGAAGAAGGCUCAGGCUGAAAUAGAUGCUGUUGUUGGCACUGAUCGUCUUCCCUCCUUUGCAGACCGCGACUCCCUCCCCUAUAUCGAGGCCCUUGUGAAGGAAUCCCUACGCUGGCAUGUUGUCGUCCCUACAGCUAUCGCCCACUGCGUCUCUGAGGACGAUAUCUAUGACGGGUACUACAUUCCGAAAGGAUCCAUGAUCAUACCUAACAUCUGGUUCAUGCUCAAUGACCCGCAAACAUAUGCUAACCCCUCGCAAUUCAACCCUGAACGCUUCUUGGAUAAUGAUGGAAGAGAUCCCGAGCGCGAGCCUCGCACGAUCUGCUUCGGCUUUGGUAGACGGAUCUGCCCUGGUCUCCACCUCGCUGACGCUUCCAUCUGGAUAUCUACCGUGAUGUCGCUCGCCGUGUUUGAUAUUUCCAAGAUCGUCGAGAAUGGUGUUGAGCACACCCCUGAGAUUGACUCCUCAUCAGGCGCGAUCAGUCAUCCCAAACCCUUCAAGUGCUCUAUCAAGCCUCGCUCUGCGAAAGCUAUUGCGCUCAUUGAACAAGAUGUUGGCUAUUAAAGGCACGAAGAUGAUUAUUGUUGUUUAAAUCUGUCAUGCAUUCCAAUAUCAUACAUAUCUUAUGUCAUUAUACUGAAUCUAUGUUACUCAUGCAGGUGUGGUGUGCAUUAAUCUAGUAGUAUCGGAGAAGUGGUGCGGAUAGGCUUCUGCUUUGCUCUGAAAAAAAUGGCCGAAUACUGCGACAAUCUUACAACCUGGACAGGGCUAUGUACAGUUGACCUUGUGCGAAGGCCAAGUACAGCGCAUCCGGGAGGAUGAGUCCUUGGUAGUUGUUGAACGUCGUCGCAUAUGCAGGUCGUAAUGGAAACUGUUUAUGACUGACGGUCCAACGCAAGCGG